AAAUCAAAAGCAAGCAGAAUAUCCACAGUUUCAUCUCUUUCGGCUAUAUUUGUAUAGCUCUCUCUGGUUAUCUGAAGCUGCAUUAUCUGAGAACUCUCUCUUCUACUCAGUUUCUUGAACUCUUCAAACUCUAGAUCUCAUGGCUGCAACUGCUACAAUAAAAAACUUCUUAUUAAAAAAACAGUCUUCUACUGUAAAACCAGACCCCUUUUCCUCUCCUUACCGCACUUCAAGCACUCUUUCUCUUUUUCCUACACUACACAAACCAUUGCCAACAACAACACUCCAGAGUGGUCACAAGAAGUUCGUCACAAAAGCAACCUCGGCAGCCACUUCCAAGAAGGGAAAAAGUACUGAUGAGAGAGUUCAACAAGUUCAUAGCAUCGAGGAAUUCGACAUCGCUCUUCAAACAGCGAAAGACAAGCUCGUAGUAGUAGAAUUCGCGGCAAGUCAUAGUAAAAAUAGCCGUAAAAUAUACCCUUUCAUGGUGGAUUUGAGUAGAACAUGUAACGACGUUGAGUUUGUUCUAGUAAUGGGUGAUGAAAAUGAGAAAACAAAAGCGCUUUGUGAAAGAGAAAAGAUUGAGAAAGUUCCACACUUCAGUUUUUACAAAAGCAUGGAGAAAAUCCAUGAAGAAGAAGGAAUCGGUCCUGAUGAACUCAUGGGAGAUGUGUUAUACUAUGGAGACAAUCAUUCCGCUGUAAUUCAAUUACACUCAAGAGAAGAUGUUGAAAAUCUGAUUCAAGAACAUAAAGCUGAUGGCAAGUUGCUUGUUCUUGAUGUAGGGUUGAAACAUUGUGGACCAUGUGUUAAGGUAUAUCCAACGGUCUUGAAAUUAUCGCGACAAAUGGAAACUGCAGUUUUUGCAAGAAUGAAUGGAGAUGAAAAUGAUAGUUGUAUGCAGUUCUUGAAAGAUAUGGAAGUUGUUGAAGUUCCAACAUUUUUGUUUAUCAGAGAUGGUGAUAUAUGUGGAAGGUAUGUUGGGUCAGGUAAAGGAGAACUUAUUGGUGAAAUACUUAGAUACCAAGGAGUUAGAGUUACAUACUGAAAAUAUUGAUGCUUCAUUCAAAAGACUGCAUACUGAUAAUACCAAGGAAGCUUAAGUUAAAAUCAUCAUAUAAGUAUGUAAGAACUAAGAAGUGUAUGUAGUAUGUACUGAGAAUUAAUAGUUUAAUGGUGUAUGGUUUUAUUUACUUCUCA